AGGAUGAAGUUUUUAGGGGUUGCAAAGGAGCUCGGGUGGCCUGAAUUCGGUUUCGUGCUCAGCAUUGAACCGAAUAAAGAGAGUAAUCCUCGAGUUAGUGAUUGAAUCAAUAGAUUAGGUGAAAUACAGAUGGCGAAUGCUGAAAACAGUCCUGAGAAAGAAAUGGUCAUACAGUUCCUCCAGAAUGCUGCUACAGGAGAUACAGAAAAAUUGUCAACUGUGUUAAAUUAUUCUCUGUCUCUCAUCAACAAAGUCGAUGAAAAAGGUUGGACCGCCUUGAUGUAUGCUAGCAGGAAUGGACAUUUUGAAGUUAUUCAGCUGCUUCUUGAAAAAGGGUGUGAUAAAUCUAUUUCAAAUAAUUCAGGACAAACAGCACUGGAUAUUGCAGAAUUCUGGGGACACAAGCACAUUGCUGAUUUGUUGGCAAACCCUAAACCUGAUGCUAGAUCAAGGAUGUGGUACGAUGGCCCAGAAGAAAAUGAGAAUUAUUUUGGCAGAACUUUGCUCAAUAGAUUAAGUUUAAAAAGGACCAAUUCUGAUUGGAUAAAAAACAAACAGAUACAGCCGACCACUGUCUAUAUUUUAUUUUCCAAUCUAAAUCCAUUAGUUAUUUCAGCAAAAUGUGAAGACUCUGGAAAAACUGACAUCCACCUCUGCAGAUUGCAGUAUGGUGAUGUGGAGCAGCUCUUGGCUAAUCCAGAAGUCACUUCUGUUUUCCUUGGAGCAGAGCAGCAGGGUGUGGCUUGUGCUAAAUUUGCAGUAGGAAGUGCCUUAGCAGAAGAUAAUGGGCUUAUUGCUUGGUUUGCAAUAAAUGCAGAAAUUGUAGCUCCUGAAAACUUUAGGGUUAAAUACCCAGAUUGUCAUUUUCUCCAGCCACUCAUCCCACAUCUAUUGACCUUAAAUAAGGAAGAAGCCGGUGUGGUGGCCCAGGCCAGAUCUGUCCUUGCCUGGCAUAGUCGGUACAAGUUCUGUCCUACCUGUGGAAGUAACACAGAAGUUCAGGAUAGUGGUUAUAAGAGGAUAUGCUUGCAGGAAAAUUGUCCAAGCCUCCAAGGAAUCCAUAAUACUUGCUAUCCACGUGUAGAUCCAGUUGUAAUAAUGCUGGUCAUCCAUCCUGAUGGCAACAGUUGUCUUCUUGGAAGACAGGAGCGUUACCCUCCAGGAAUGUUUUCAUGUCUGGCAGGAUUUAUUGAACCAGGGGAAACAAUAGAGGAUGCUGUACGAAGGGAGGUUGCGGAAGAAACUGGUGUCAAGGUUGGAAAUGUUCAGUAUGUUUCCAGUCAACCCUGGCCAAUGCCUUCAUCUCUAAUGAUCGGUUGCCAAGCUGUUGCUGUAACAACAGAAAUCGUUGUGGACGAAGAGGAGAUUGUAGAUGCUCGCUGGUUCAGUCGGCAGCAGAUUACUGAAAUCCUGACAAGUGAGAAUCAUCCAAUUAGCAUUCCACCACAGCAAACUAUCGCACAUGGACUAAUUAAAAAGUGGCUUAAAAAGAAUGCACACCUCUGAAUACAUUUUUCUGAAGAAGGGCCUAGAUCUGAAACGUCAGCUUUCCUGCUCAAAGAACAAAGAAAAUUACAGCACAGGAACAGGCCCUUUGGCCUUCCAAGCCUGCGCCGAUCAAGAUCCUCUGUCUAACCUGUCACCUAUUUUCUAAGGGUCUGUGUCCAUUUGCUCCCUACCCGCCCAUGGACCUGUCCAAAUAUAUCUUAAAAGGCGCUAACGUGUCUGCGUCUACCACCUCCGCUGGCAACGCGUUCCAGGCACCCACCACCCUCUGUGUAAAGAACUUUCCACGCAUAUCUCCCUUAAACUUUCCUCCUCUCACUUUGAACUCAUGACCCCUAGUAAUUGAGUCCCCCACUCUGGGAAAAAGCUUUUUGCUAUCCACCCUGUCUAUACCCCUCAUGAUUUUGUGGACCUGCUCCUCCGAUGCUGCUUGGCCUGCUGCACACCUUGUUUUCUCAGAUUCUCCAGCAUCGGCAGUUCCCGCUAUCUCUGAAUGCACUGCUGCCCACACAACAUCCUGUUGACCAUUUAAACCAGUCAAGGAUCACACUUGCAGACUGAAUGGAGGUAUUCUGAAUAUUCAGUCUGCAUUUAGUCUCCCAAUUAAAGUAGACCACAUGGUGAAUAGUGAGUACGGUGGGAAAAAUCACUGUUUCACUUGGAAGGAAUUUCUAGGGUUCUAGAACAGUCAGUCUUUGUGAGAAGAGUAGUAAUCGCACCAAAAAGAGCAUUAGUGCAGUAACCUUCCACUUAUUACACUGCUGUUAAUUCUCAUGAACAAUUAUCUGGAAUAUUUGAUUAACUGGUCUCAUAGGUGCCAGUUAGUAAAAAAAAGUUUGCUGUACUUAUUUUAUUCCGGAUAAUCAAUAGGUACAUAUAACCGCAGUAAACCGCAACCAAACAAAACUUUGAGACAUAAAUAUCCCCCAAAAAAUCCAAGUAAAAAUAUUGACACACCUCCUAAAAUAAGUGUUAAAAAUACACAGUAAAUAAUAGAAAUGUAAUGGAGUCGGUACAUAUGUCACUGGUAUACUUGACUUACAGCAUGAAUACUCUGGCAUUGUGGUUUUUGAGGUGUUUCAUUUUUGUCAGUUUACCAAGAGUGCCAGUUGAUUUGGUUCUGGUUACUACAAAGUUUACUGUAUUACAUUUACACAUAAGCUAGUAACAUUAAUUUGAAGCAAUUUUGAUUUGUUUAUGGCACAUGGAUAUAUUUUCAAAAUAAUUCAAAUUGAUUUACUACUUCAAAUUAUAUGUGGAUGAUUUCCUCUGUUCUGAAGUCAGACCAACUUCUCAAGCCUCACUCGAAGUGUACAAUACUUUUCCCAGACAUCUGGGUGUGUUUCUUUACAGUUGUCAGAGCCUUAUGUGUAUUCCAUUUUCAGAAUUGUUUUGCUUCAAAUAUUGGACUAAAACAAAACAGUUUAAAGCUGCCAAUCUCUUACCAGUUCGAAACAUGGGCAACUAAAUUUAAUCUUACCCAUGCAGAGAAAAAUACAGGAAAAAAUCUGUUUGCACCAAUGAAACCUGUCAGGAGUAAUUUUCAUUUGUUUCUCCAGGCAAAUAGCAGUCAAUUAGCAUCAUAGGGAGAAAAGCCAGGAGAAGUGUGAAAAAGGACUGCUAAGUUGCUGUUCCUCAAGAUUCACCUGACAGUUGUAAUGAACAUUAUUUUGUACUUUAUGAAGUAGAUGCUGAUUCUUUGAAAUCAUCACAAAAACAAAUAUCCUCUUCAUGGUGCAUGGCUAGAAAUGCCACAUGGAUAAUACAUCCCAGUCUUUUCAUGAGAUCUUCACUAUCAUAAAUGCCAAACUCUAGCCAAUUUAGUUUAUUCCAUGUUAUUGUCAAGAAACAGCUGAAGGAUGAGAUGGAGCAAAGGCAAUGUGCAUAACAUCAUACUGAUUUUAAUGGUGAAGACCUGUCCUCCAGAACUAGCUGUACACCUAGCCAAGCUGUUCCAGUGCAGCCACCAUAUUGGCUUCUACCUGAGAAAACGGAAGAUUGAACAGGAAUUCCCUCCUUGAAAAAACAUUAUAAAUCCAACCUAAGCAAUUACCACCUUCCCCUAAUCACAGUGGUCGCUGAAGACAAUAGAAGAUGUCAUUCGUGCUGCUUGAUAAAACAAUUAGUUUUCAAAUAACCUGCUCCCUGAUACUCAGCAAUGGAACUGCAUUUUCAAAGAAGUUCUUGAAUUCCCACAUCGAUAUUUUUUCAUGGUUACUAUUUUCUUUAUACAAUUAUUGACUUCUAUAAAAAAAUCAUUAAUCUGUCUUUGAUCAAUGCCUCAAUGUUAAUUAGCUGUAUAUUUCUUUAAAAUACAUUCAAAUUACAAUUCUUUGUGACAUUCUUUUAAUAUUUUAUAAAUCUUAGUAAGUGACAUAAAAUAACAUUUAAAUCUCUGAUAAAAUCUGAAAGGUAUAAAUUAUAAUUGGUCAAAAUUGAUUACUAGUUAGAAUGUUCUGCCAUUAUCAUUUCCAUGCAGAUAUACCAAUGGUAAAAUGAAAAAUGAGUAUUUGCUUUUAACCAGUUGUAACAGGCUAGAGUUAACAGAAUCAGGUGAUCUUGCUCCUUUCUCUGCAAGUAGACAUGAAACUGCUGAAGACUUCAAGUAGCCCGAUUGUCUGGUCAGAACAUGAAAAGGUAAAUGACCUUUGGAAUAUUUGUUUGAGAAAAGGUUAAAAGGUAACAGGAUUACAUUUACCGACUUAACAGCUGUUGUUCUGUCGGCGUUUAGAAAAACUGUUACAAUUUACCACUGGCUUGUUGGCUCCAGAAUAGUUGUGAGGAAAAAUCACAAGGCCAAAAUUAAAUCUCAUUGUGUGCCAACACUGAUGUUGUCAGGGGCCACUUGUGUGAAUAAUAAGAACGUGAAAUACUGUGGCCACCUAACAGAAAGCAGCUUGUGAUGAAAAACAUUUACUAACUCUUGAGAGAAGCCUCAGGUCAGUCAGUUUGAAAAAAUAAAGAAACUGAAGAGGGUAGAGAUCUCACAAAACAAAGGCACAUUUCCACCUAGAAACUACUAACAGGCAAGGUGCUAUGAAGAAGGUGCUUAAUUUGAAGAACCAAGCAAUAUCUUAAAUAAAGGAGCUCUUCAACAAUUUCAGUGGGAGCAAAGCCAGAAAAAUACUACUUCAUGGAAUAAACCACUAUGAAUUUAUCAGCAGGAACUUCCAACCUCCAUUUUCUUGGUGAUAUCAGACCACAAUGUUUUUAAGUUUAUAUUCCACAACACAAGAGUAAUAGAGACUUCUUGUAUAUUUCUAAAAGCGUAAGUGCACGCCACCACUUUUGUAAUCACCUCUUACACUUUGUGUGUGUCUCAAUAAAUGGACGUUACCCCUAUUGCAUUUGGGUGUUGAGAAAUAAAUAUUCAUCUUUUCAGUCCUACAAGACGACCUGUCUUUUGUUCUUCACUAAAUGCGUUAAAACACAUUGUUGCAAUUAGUCAAAUGAUGAAAGAAAGGGGAACCAUCUUACCAUUUCACUUUAUCUCUCCUUGCAAACCUAUUGCAACUCCUUCCCCUAUUAUUUGCUAUUCAAGAGGCUGAGACUUGUGUUUUUAGGAUUUUAAAGAAAUAGAAUUAUUGGUUAAACAUCUGACAACACUUGCAAUGCCUAGACAAAGGGCUGCACUUUAUCUUCAAUGUUCCUACUAGAAAAGAAAUUAAAAUAUGCUGUCUGACUAAAUUAAAUCUAAUUUCCAAAGAUAGGAUCUUCUUCAAGAUCUUUAAGCUCUAUUUAAUAAUACAGUGCUUUAUGUUAGCAUUCAUCUUGAAAAGGGACAAAAUUGCUUAGGACGUUUAAAAUCCCUUGAAUGACUGAUUCAGAUUUCACUGGCUAUUCAUAGAUAUGAUUUUUUUUACAAGAUCAUACUUCAAGCAGACACUGAAAGUUGAAAUGUGUAGUGUCUGUCAUUUUAAUGUAGCCUUUAUUUGUAGAAUGUGCAGUCUGGUUUUCAUUGCUGCUUCAAGGUCUGAAUUCCAGAAAAGCAAUACCUUCAACUUCUGAAAGUUAACUUCAAAGAACAUUCAAGUCAAAAAAAGAGAACUGUUGGACUUUAAAUCCUUUUAGUUGUCCAUCCCUUCAAUACACCCUAUCAUUUCAGAAUCAUAGAUUAUAGUGAACUCAUUAUAAACAGCUGGAUAUGGAAAUGUUCUUUUGAGAGUUAUUGCUGGCUUCUGUUCUUUGAAAUAUCCACUUGGUGUCAACUGGCAAUUUUUGCACCAUUUAGCAGUUGUACGUUUGGCAUUUAAUCUAAGUUAGAAAUGUAGACGUUGGUGCUGAAAUACCUAUGAUCUGUGGAUCCACAUUCCAUGCCAAGCAGCUGAUCUUAAGAGGUGGAAACAGUUGAAACCCUGCUACUAUGAAUUACUAAAUAGUGUAAUGUCAAAUAGAGAAUAUUGUACAUCUGUGUUUGAUUUUCAGAAGCAUGGACACUUGAUGGGAUAUUGAUAAUGGCUGAAUUGUAUGUUGGCUGUUCUUAUUUACCUUCCAAUGCCACUUACUAUGAGGCUUGGGAGAGGGAAUAUCAAAUACACCCUCUUUGUGGGAAGAACGUAGAAUGACAAUGAGUACAGAAAACUGACCAACAAAAUCUGUUUAUUCAAGAAUAGCAAACAAGUUGUAAACAGCAAUAAACUGAAAAGAAAUGAUAAACAUGCAAAUGUGUUAAGCUAUGUUUAAGAAUGUAAAAGAAUGAAAUAUCAAAAGAAUUAGGUGUUAAAAUGGAUAGCAAGCAAUGAACCAAAAAUUAUAAUAGAAUUCUACUUGUUGCUCAGAGAAAGUGAAAUAAAUGAGGAAUACACAUUGAUGCUGGUUUAGGGAUUCAGCUCACUAACAGUACAAACUGGAAAUCCGGAUGUAUACUCCACCCAGAGUAGGUGAAAAAGUUGUUAUCUUUAUUAGAAAAACUGCAUUACAAAAUGGUUCAAAUUUUACCGUUGUUGAUGAGGCACUUCAGUGUCACAAAUGAUCUGCCUAAUUCAGGUGUGUGCUUAACCAGUCUUAUGACUAUUUUGUUAAUAUUAUCGGGCUAAUUUUGUACAACCAGCAGAAAAGCUUGAAUUGCCAGUGGAAAUCCUGACCACCAAGGCUGCAGAAUCAAAAUUCAGGCAUAUGCUGCAUGAUUUUGCAACCAUUUAGACUGGUGGGCACAGAAAAAGUCAUACAUUACACCUUGUUAAAUGUGUAGUAUUUUCCCAUUGUAAACAAUCUAUAAAUUCAUUGCAUUAAGCAUGUGAUAUGGAAUUGUACUACAUAAAAGUUCAUUCUCCCUUUCUGUACAAAGAGCUGACAAAAGAAUUAAAGAGG